AUGAGCAACCAACCGGCAAACCGAGCUCACAAGCGACCGAAGAACAAGGCCCAAACAGAGGAAAAGAAGUUUUUUGCCGGUUCUGACCGAGAGCAGUUACUUGGUUCGGAUGAAGAAAAGAAGAGCACCCUCAGCGGGGACUACUUGAACAUCUGUGUCCUUCUCUUUCUCUACAUUCUUCAGGGCAUUCCUCUGGGCCUGAUUGGAAGUGUGCCUUUUAUCCUCUCCAAUCGCGGAGUAUCAUACUCUCAGCAAGCUGUCUUCAGCUUCGUGACAUGGCCAUUCAGCGUCAAACUGCUGUGGGCCCCAGUGGUGGACUCGCUGUACUGGGAGCGCUUUGGCCGCCGUAAAUCCUGGCUGGUGCCAGUUCAGUAUCUGAUUGGCAUCUUUCUCAUUCUCAUCUCAUUCAACAUCGAGAAUCUACUGAACAGCUCUGCUGGGCCGCAGAUGACAGUGCUGACCGUCAUGUUCUUUGCAUUAAAUUUUCUUGCCGCCACGCAGGAUAUUGCCGUUGAUGGUUGGGCUCUGACCAUGUUGAAGCCAACCAACGUCGGCUACGCCUCAACCUGCAACAGUGUGGGCCAGACUGCCGGCUACUUCCUGGGCAAUGCCGUCUUCCUUACCUUGGAGUCGGCCGACUUUGCCAACAGCUACUUCCGCUCCACUCCUCAGCCUUACGGAAUGGUCGAUCUGCCGGGGUUUUUCUACUUCUGGGGCAUUGUAUUUCUGAUAACUACCACCUUGGUGAUGCUCUUUAAGCACGAAAGCACUGGCAAGUCGUUUGAAAAUGACAACAUGACCAUCAGACAAACCUACUCGAAGCUGGUGGACAUCUUCAACCUUCCUGCUAUUCGACGAUUCGCCUUCAUUCUCUUGACAUGCAAAAUUGGUUUUGCUGUUACCGACUCGGCCACUGGUCUAAAGUUGAUCGAGGCAGGUGUUCACAAGGAAAACCUGGCGCUGCUCGCCAUUCCUCUAGUCCCUCUUCAGAUACUGCUGCCUUGGAUCAUCAGUCGGUACACCAACGGACCGAGGCCGCUUGAUGUCUUCAUCAAAGCCUAUCCUUACCGACUUUCUUUUGGAGUGGUUUUUGCUCUCAUUCUCUGGUGGACACGAUACCUCCAUGCUACUUCUGGGACUUUUCCACAGUACUAUUACCUCGUCAUUAUCUUCUUUUACGGUCUGCAUCAGAUCACACUGUACAGCAUGUUCGUCGCCGUCACAGCAUUCCACGCUAAAGUCAGCGAUCCAACGAUUGGCGGGACGUACAUGACCUUUCUCAACACCAUCUGCAAUCUGGGCGGAAACUGGCCGGCCACCGUUUCCCUCUGGUUCAUCGACAGACUGACCUUCACUUCCUGCUCCGCUGACGGCACAUCCUGUGCAGUCAACUCGGAGACUGACGCCUGUAAGGCUAACGGCGGCACCUGCAAUGUCACUAUUGAUGGCUACAACCUUGAGGCCAUCAUUUGCAUCACCAUCGGCUUCGCGUGGUACUUCUGGGGCAGGAGGCAGCUGACCUUGCUCCAGAAUAAGCCCUCGUCUGCAUGGAAGUGCUCCUGA